GCGCCUCUAACUGCAGAUACUGAGCAUGGGAAACCUUCGUAGAAUACUUCUUACUCAGUUGCUAACCUUCCAUUAUAUUUGUGGGGAGUGGACCUGCCCAGGGUUUCUGUGUACAGAUGGAGGUUGCGUUGCCCAGAGUGCUCUUUGUGACGGCACCGCGGACUGUCAUGACUGCUCUGACGAGUUAGAUCUUACCACAGGUUUGUUCCAAUGUAAGAAGGAUGAGUUUGCCUGUGGCAGUAGGCGAUGUGUAUCCCUCCGCUUUCGCUGUGAUGGCACUGACGACUGUGGCGAUGGCAGUGACGAGGCCUCCUGUCAGAAGAACUGUACAGCCGACUCCUUCCUCUGUGAGCGGACUGGAAGCUGCGUUGCCAGGGCCAAGCUGUGUGACCGCUGGCCCGACUGCCCCGUUAGGCAGGACGUGGGUGCCGACGCAUGUCCCUCCGGCCUGACCCGGGCCCCUCACACUUGCUUCAGCUCGGAGUUCAGUUGUGGGGACGGCCAGUGUGUGUGCCUCACUCCUGGAGGUGUGACCAAUCGCCUGACUGUGCUGACACAAGCGACGAGGACGACUGUGGUGAGAACUAUUGACACGUUAUUACAUCUAUAUCAUUAGGCAGAAAACUGAAGAAUAUGGACUGAAACAGGGACCCCCUGGACUUGUCUAAUUUGAACACAACCAUGCUCUGCUGCUCUCCUCCUCCUAGACCAGCAGAGGGCGAAAGAACUUCACUCCUCAAGUUAUAGCCUACUUGUUCCAUUGUAUUGACAGACAGUGGACCUAUGAUUAUUUCCUUUAAUUAUGGUUUCAGUAAUCAAAGAAAUAGUAAGGAUUCAGUGUUUGGUGUAUAUAGCACAUGUGAACACAUGCUAUAGUAGAACACUGAUCUCUUUAAUGUUGCAACUAAUAGUCUUGAGGUGGUUUGUUGCCCAUAAAAAUGUAAUGCUUUUGAUAUUCUCUAACUAAGGGCUGGUGUCCCAGACACCGACUAGCCGAUGUUUUUGAUCUGUGUGCUAUAAAAGUACAAACAAGCUCUGUUUAACAUCCUGUAAUGCAUUUCCUGAUAGACAGUAGUCAGCUUUCCAUUUGCGUUUGUUUGUGAUAACGGAAAUUACCUAUCCAAUCUUUAAAUAUGGGUGUGUCUAGCUGCUGUUUUGUUUGGCAUGGUACACCCUGCUUGGCUAAAUAUGACAUUUGAAGGCAAACUGUUGGUUGACUAAUUUGAAUGACGCAUGCACAUUUCUAAAGUAAUUUCUUGGCAUUCUCUCAACCAGCUUCGAGGUAGUCACCUGGAAUGCAUUU